ACGCUUGUAUUACAUUGCAAAAACUAAACUUUUUUUGCAUGAAAUCCAAAAUCAAGAAAAUUCAGAACAAACAAAAUUUCAAUAGAUGUGUUCGAUGUGUUUCCAUAAGUGACAGAGAAAGUCUGCCAUUCUUUCAGUAUUAAUAACAAUCUGGGAGCACCAUAUUUUUCGGGUUCAAGGGGCAAAAGGUUACAGUACAACGAAACAGGUCAGUGGGUGAGGUCCGUCAGGUCAGCUGUUGGCUGAAGAUAUCUGUUCUUGCUCUGACCUCUUAUCAUCACCGUCUUGCAAGUUGGACGGAGGGAGACCGAGGCCAACAAAAUUUAUUUUUGCCUUUUGCUUUCACUGUUAUAGUUUAUUACUGCAGUCUGUUAGUGCAGUGUGUGUGCUUGAGUCAAGUUAUGGCAGGUCAAAUUGAAAGCUUGGAGAAAAUCCUCGAGGAACACAUUCCUCCUGAGAAACUGAAAGAUGUAAAGCGCCUGCUUUUUGGGAAAGAGCUGAGAGCUCUUAAUAUUCCCAAGGCUGCUGAGCAGUUGGCUUUGGAAAAAGAUUUUGAAGUUCAAGGUUAUGGCUUUGAUGCUGCUGAAGAAAGUUCUAGGUCGCCAAAUAUUGUACGAAUUGGUGGCAUCCAAAACAAGAUUGUGCUGCCAACAACUGCCCCCAUUUUGGAGCAGAGGGAUGCCUUGUUCAAGCGUAUCUCUGACAUCAUCAGUGGUGCGGCUUUGUGUGGGGUCAACGUCCUGUGUCUUCAGGAAGCCUGGACCAUGCCGUUUGCCUUCUGCACCCGCGAGAAACAGCCAUGGUGUGAGUUUGCUGAGUCGGCAGAAGAUGGAGCCAGUACAAAAUUCCUUCAGGAGCUGGCAAAACAGUACAAUAUGGUCAUUAUCUCUCCAAUCUUAGAGCGAGAUGAAGAAAGGGGUGAUGUGUUGUGGAAUACUGCAGUCGUGAUUUCCAACACUGGACAAGUUUUGGGCAAGUCGAGGAAGAACCAUAUUCCAAGAACUGGUGACUUCAAUGAGUCGACAUACUACAUGGAGGGAAAUACUGGCCACAAAGUGUUUCAGACACAGUUUGGAAAAAUCGCCAUCAACAUCUGUUAUGGUCGUCACCACCCUCUCAACUGGAUGAUGUAUGCUACAAAUGGAGCCGACAUCGUGUUCAAUCCUUCUGCAACUGUUGAUGGCCUCAGUGAGCCUAUGUGGCCUAUUGAAGCGAGGAAUGCUGCCAUUGCCAACAGUUACUUCACCUGUGGCAUCAACAGAGUUGGAAGUGAAUCUUUCAAGAGUGAAUUUACUUCAGGAGAUGGGAAACCUGCUCAUCAUGACUUUGGGCAUUUCUAUGAUGACUCAGAGGCUGGACUUGUAUGCUGAGGAGAUGCGUGAAGCCAUCAGAUCAGACUGGAAGCCAGACCUGGUCACAGAUUCCUCAUCAAGGAAUAGGUUUUUGUAGAUGUCCAUCAUUAAAUGAUGAGGAUGGAUUCGUCUCCACAUUCCCCUUAAUACUGUGUCAAAAUGAAGGAAGUAAUUAAUACAAAUUACUUAUCUAGUAUUUUUUGUAGUCAUAUUGUUUCACUUAUAUACAAUUAAUUAUUAUCUGUACCAAGUACUUUAAGUAUUUUUAAUGCUGUGUGCAUAUUUACGCAAUUUUUUUGUCUUUUCAAAGACGAUGUGCCUAUUCGCAAAUGGUUCGAUAACUUAGAAUUAAGUACUUUAAGAAACUAGAGCUUUUCAUAAAUGAUUAUUUGAUUAGUUAUCCGUAAUGUUCUCAGACAUUGUACCUAAUCCUAUUCAAAUUUUUCUGAUCAGCAAUGAUAAAUUGUUAAAAAAUCUAAGCUUUAGAUAAAGGGUAAUUUGAUUCAUUUGAUGCUCUGAAAAAUCAAAGUCAUAUACUCUUAUUAAGGAAAUGCAUAAAUUAUAUACCAAUUUGAAAAAUGUUAUCUGUAUGAAGCCUCGAUUUGUGAAAUUAAGGUCCAACUGACUAUCCGUUAAACAGCAAUUUUGAAUGUGUUUUGUGGAAUGAUUUAAAAGUAACCCAAAAAUAACAGCUCAAAGAGUUUUAAGCUGAGCUUUGAAAAGUUAUAUAUUGUGUUUUUUACAAUUAAUUUUGAAUGUAAA